AUGACGUGUGGAUCUUACUGUGCUGGCCGAGCCUUCAGUUGCCUUUCAGCCUGCGGGCCCCGGCCCGGCCGCUGCUGCAUCUCCGCCGCCCCCUACCGCGGCAUCUCCUGCUACCGCGGCCUCCCCGGGGCCUUUGGCAGCCACAGCGUCUGCGGGGGCUUCCGCGCUGGCUCCUGCGGUCGCAGCUUCGGGUACCGCUCAGGCGGCGUGUGCGGGCCCAGCCCACCCUGCAUCACCACCGUGUCGGUCAACGAGACCCUCCUCACGCCCCUCAACCUGGAGAUUGACCCCAACGCCCAGUGCGUCAAGCACGAGGAGAAGGAGCAGAUCAAGUGCCUCAACAGCAGGUUUGCCGCCUUCAUCGACAAGGUGCGCUUCCUGGAGCAGCAGAACAAGCUGCUGGAGACCAAGUGGCAGUUCUACCAGAACCGCCAGUGCUGCGAGAGCAACCUGGAGCCGCUGUUCGAGGGCUACGUGGAGACGCUGAGGCGGGAGGCCGAGUGUGUGGAGGCCGACAGUGGGAGGUUGGCAGCGGAGCUCAACCACGUGCAGGAGGUGCUGGAGGGCUACAAGAAGAAGUAUGAGGAAGAAGUUUCCCUGAGAGCAACAGCUGAGAAUGAGUUUGUGGCUCUGAAGAAGGAUGUGGACUGUGCCUACCUUCGCAAGUCAGACUUGGAGGCCAACGUGGAAGCCCUGACCCAGGAGAUCGACUUCCUGAGGCGGCUGUAUGAGGAGGAGAUCCGCGUUCUCCACGCCCACAUCUCAGACACCUCGGUGGUUGUCAAGAUGGACAACAGCCGAGACCUGAACAUGGACUGCAUCAUUGCCGAGAUUAAGGCCCAGUAUGAUGACAUUGCCAGCCGUAGCCGAGCCGAGGCCGAGUCCUGGUACCGCAGCAAGUGUGAGGAGAUGAAGGCCACGGUGAUCAGGCACGGGGAGACCCUGCGCCGCACCAAGGAGGAGAUCAACGAGCUGAACCGCAUGAUCCAGAGGCUGACGGCCGAGGUGGAGAAUGCCAAGUGCCAGAACUCCAAGCUGGAGGCUGCCGUGACCCAGUCUGAGCAGCAGGGUGAGGCGGCCCUCAGUGACGCCCGCUGCAAGCUGGCAAGUCUGGAAGAGGCCCUGCAGAAGGCCAAGCAGGACAUGGCCUGCCUGCUCAAGGAGUACCAGGAGGUGAUGAACUCCAAGCUGGGCCUGGACAUCGAGAUCGCCACCUACAGGCGCCUGCUGGAGGGCGAGGAGCAGAGGCUGUGCGAGGGCGUUGGCUCGGUGAAUGUCUGCGUCAGCAGCUCCCGCGGUGGCGUCGUCUGUGGCGAUCUCUGCGCCUCGGUUACUGCCCCUGCUGUCUCUGCCAGAGUCGGCAGCGCCCCGUGCAACAGCAGCGUGGUGGUGAGCGCCCCCGACGCCUGCGCCCCCUGCGUCCCCGCCAGCUGCCUUAAGCGCUGCUAGGUGGCUGCGCCUCCACAAGCGACCGUCACCCUCACCCUCCGCUCAGCCAGGACCUCGAGUAAUCGGAAAGCCCCGCCCGCGCCGGCCGCCAAGACCCGGCGCCCUCCCUGCUGUUCUCCACCCCGCCACGCCGGGAGGCCAGGGCGGGCCUGGGUCUUUCUGUAGCCUUUCCUAGUCGUCCAUUUGUUGUCCUGAGGAUUCGUCCUUUUCCUUCGCCUGCUGUCUGUUGGAUUAAUUGGUUCCGUCUGACCCCUUCCCCAAACUCGGGUGAACAGGACAGGCCCCCCGAGUCUCCCUGCCUGCACUGCCCCGACCCUGCCCAGUGGAGAGGGGAGCGCUGAUGCUGGCUUUCCUGUAACUCUGCCAGGGAAGUGCUUGCGGGAGAGGCGGGCACCUCCCUCCCAGGGCUGCCUGCCCAUGGCUCUCCCUCCUGCGUGUCUGUCUGUGUCACUCUGUGUUUCCA